ACAAUGCUAAUAUGCAAACUGCUUGACUGUGAAAAGAGUUGUUUUCAGACUAACUUUUCUGACCUCAGUAGAUAAGGAUCAGCGUUCAGGAGAGAAAGAGAUAAUUUAUUUUAAAGUGUGCACUUACUGCUGCUUAUGAGGUGUCUUUUUCAUAGAUUUUGUUUUCAGGCCAAUAAGUGCAUUCAGAUUAAGGAACAUUAGAGACUCCAGGCCUUUAAGUCUUGUGUUCCAUUAUUUUGAUAUUGUGAUUUUUUUUUUUUUGAUGUGUCAAUAUUCAGCCCAGCCUGCUAAUAGACUUGUCUCAACCUUUUGGAUAACUCUGCCAGAUGCAACUUUCUUCCCAGACUGAACUGACCUGGAUACACAACAUGCACAACAGCACUGCCGAAACUCCGCAUACGGCUGGAACUGGUAAUGAGACUUUGUCCACACAGUCACCGAGCUCCGAGUUUUCCCUGGGCGUGCUGGUGCUGCUGGCUUUCCUCAUGGUGUUGCUAGCUCUGGUCACCAUCCUUGGAAACAUCCUGGUGAUCCUUGCUUUCAUCAUGGACAGAAACCUCAGGCAUCGGAGUAACUAUUUCUUUCUCAAUCUUGCUAUUUCUGACUUUGCAGUGGGUGCGUUCUGCAUGCCUCUCUACAUCCCUUACAGCCUGACAGGGAAAUGGUACUUGGGAAGAGGCAUCUGCAAGCUCUGGCUAGUUAUGGACUAUCUCCUGUGCACAGCUUCAGUAUUUAAUAUUGUUCUUAUCAGCUAUGACCGCUUCCUGUCAGUUACUAAAGCUGUAUCUUACAGAGCCCAGCAGGGAAUAACGUCCAACCCUGUUGUCAAGAUGGUGGCCAUAUGGGUCUUUGCCUUCCUCCUCUACUGCCCGGCAAUCCUCUUUUGGGAGCAUGUGGCCGGACACAGUGUAGUAGCGGCGGAUCAGUGCUACGCCGAGUUCUUUGACAACUGGUACUUCCUCCUGUGCGCGUCCACCCUGGAGUUCUUCGUGCCGCUGCUCUCGGUGGCCUACUUCAACAUGCACAUCUUCCAUGACAUCCAGAGGCGCCAGCGGCACGGCAGUACGCAGGACUGCGAGCCUCCAAGGAGCAGCAGCCUGUCCUGGAGAUUUUGCUUCUUGCCAAGGCCAGGAGCAUCUUCUCCUCCAUCGGAAGCAGAGGACAGUGUUUCUUCCUCCCCGAGGCCAAAGAAAGAGUCUUUGAUAACUGAGAACUUAUCUCCAUCCAGAGGCAAUUCUGUAACCCCAGAAAAUGACUUCUCUGUUUCUUUCUGCUCAAGGACUGGGUCAAAACUGCAGCAGGACAAGAAAAUUGCUAAGUCGCUUGCCAUAAUUGUAUGUGCCUUUGCCAUUUGCUGGGCCCCAUACACUUUGCUAAUGAUUAUUCGUGGGGCCUGCCAAGGAACCUGUGUCCAUAACUCCCUGUAUGAAAUAACCUUUUGGCUUUUGUGGCUCAAUUCCUCCCUGAAUCCUUUUCUCUACCCUCUCUGUCAUGUUAAAUUUCGAAUGGCUUUCAUGAAAAUAUUAUGUCCCAAAAAGUUUGCAACAUUGAGAUCAGGCUUUUUUUAGAAGGAAAAAGAAAAAAAAGGCUCAAGAGGAGCUGGAUGAGGGAUGUAAGUAGCCACAGUUUGAAGUGAAAGUUUCUACCAGGAGAUUAGUCUAGUUAGAAAGCCUAGAUAAGCCUUCCAUGAAAUAUGUCCUCCUUCAGACAAAUAUGCAUGCCCAGAGUUUCUGUACUUUUCCCAGCUAUUUCAAUUGGCUGGUUAAAGGAUAUUGCCUCUAUCUGGCUUUCCCUAGUAGUCUAUCCACAUUAUCUUCAUUCUGGUUGUUGAAAAUACUAUCUUCAAUUGCAGUAUAGCUUAUAUUAGUGUUCAUGGGUGGUAUUAGUUAAAAAUACAAUAAAGGUGGGUAUUUGCCGUA